AUGAAUGUAACCACAUAGCCCACAAGGGGGACUGUGUAUAUUUAAGUUCUGAACUACACAGAGCCAAAUCUGAGGUAUGCUGAGGGACCCAGCUGUCUUCCAGAGUCUGCCAAGACUCUUUAGCCAGUUCACAUUUGCUGCAGGACUCAGAAGAACUCGUUGAUGCUCCAGAAACUUUGGUUUCAUAACAGAGGCCACCAACAAACUCUGCUGCCAGAGAAAGAAAAGCUCAAAAAACUAACGUAAUUUGCAGAAAGCCCAAAGAUUCUCAUUAUGGCAGCCACAGUCAUGCGCAUGGAAACGCAGAAGCAUCGCUCCAUAGAAGUCUCAAGUUCCAGCUCUAUGCAAGUCACAUCUCAGUCCACCAAAAUUGUGGGAGAAGAGGUAGUUUCUCAGAAAUCCUCUUCUGUUGUGGAGUCUUUCAGCAUGAUCUCCCGCUCUGUCGAGAUCCCUGCAGGACAGAGCAUCCCAGAAUUUAUUGAGAAACCUCGUCCACUUACAUCUCCUGAAGGAGAGAAAGCUGUUUUUCGAGCCAAAGUGAAAGGUAACCCCAAACCCUCAGUAACAUGGAAAAGAGAAAGCGGGAUACCAAUCAAAGAAGGCUCUAAGAUGUUUUUUGACAGCAUCAAUAAGGAAUAUGUCCUGAAGCUGGAAAACCUCACUUCAGAUGAUUCAGACAACUAUAAGUGUGUGGUUUCCAAUGAACAUGCUGACAUCAUCUAUACCGUGUCCUUAAGCGUAACUGAAUCCCAAGAAAAGCUGGAUUUCAAAAAAAUGUUGAAAAAAAGGGCGCCUCCACCUCCAAAGAAAAAAGAGAAGAAAGUGGUGGAUGAAAAGGAAAUGCUAGAGAUUCUGUCCAAGGUACCCAAGAAGGACUUUGAGAAGGUCUGCAUGGAGUAUGGCUUUACAGAUUUCCGAGGGCUUCUGAAAAAGCUGAAAGAGAUGAAGAAAAAAGUAGAAGUUGAGGCCGUAAGGAUUCUAAAACCCCUAGAGGAUGUUUCUGCUAAGGUGGAUUCCACUGCAAUAUUUGACUGUAUUCUUGAACUCAAAGAUCCUAAUAUGAAGAUGACAUGGAUAAAGGACAGUGAGCCUUUGCGUCUUCAGUAUUCCCUAGGAAAAUAUGAAGUAAAACAGAUGGGCACGAAGUAUAUGCUGUACAUCAGCAAUGUGACUGAAAAAGACAUGGGUGUCUACAGUCUUACAGUGGCUGAUAAGCACCUCUCAGCAAGAUUGCGUGUAAUAGAUGAACCCCUGAACUUUUUGGCAGAACUGAAGCCUUUGAAAGUAAUGGAGAGGCAAACUGCUGUGUUUGAGAUACGCCUUUCCAAAAAAGUGCCCAACUUUGCCUGGAAGUUCAAUGGGAAAGACCUGAAGCGGGAUGACAAGUAUGAGAUCAUCACAUCAGAAGAUGGCUUAACCCAUACGCUGAAAAUUAAAGAUGUUCGCCCUAGCGAUCUUGGGGAAGUCAGUUUCGAAACUGGAGAUCUAGUGACCAAGGCCAAACUUUUAAUUGAGAGAACGCCAAUUAAAUUUGUCAGAAACUUGAAGAAUGUCAGAGUCAAGGAGAAGGGUAAAGCUAGUCUGGAUUGUGAGCUGACUACUAAAGAUGUUAAACUGAAGUGGCUGAAGAAUGGGAAGGUAAUUGAGAGGUCUAAAAAAUUUACUAUGAUCCAUGAAGGGAAGACAGCAGAGCUGAUCAUUGAUGAGGCUGACCUGAGUGACACAGGAGAAUAUAUGGUUAUUGCCAUGCAAGAAAAUGACCCAACAGAAUACUACAGCAAUUGUAAUGUGACCGUAGAAGAGAGAUUUGCUACAGUCAAGAGUGGCUUAUCAGAUGUCCAGGCUCGAACAGGGGACCCAGUAGAGCUCUGUGUUGUCCUCAACGAUGAGAAGGUAGAAGGAGUAUGGCUGAAGGAUGGGAAAGAGAUUACAGAUAUGAGAGGAAUCCAGAUUAUCAAGCAAGGGGCUGUCCACAAACUCAUCAUUGACAACAUGGGAGAGGACUCCGAAGGGAAGUAUACUUUCAGAGCAAAAGGGGCCGAGAGUGAGGCCACCGUCAGCAUUGCAGAUCCUCCAUGUAUUGAUCCAUCUGUGUUAGAAGCUUUAGCAGCACACCCAGUGACUGUGAAAGCAGGGCAGACUGCUCACAUCAAGGUGCCCUUCAAGGCCAAGCCCUUGCCCAAAGUCACCUGGUUCAAGGAUGGCAUUGAGAUGACCGAAGAAGAAAGGGUGGAAAUGGAAAGAACCAAUGACCACGCAAUCCUCACCAUCAAGCGCUGUGUGAGGGAAGACAGUGGAGCCAUUAUGCUGAAGCUGAAAAACGACUGUGGGACAGUCACUGCUCAUUUGCACCUCAAUGUGAUUGAUAAACCAAAGCCUCCACAAGGAAAAGUUGAAUUUCUGGAAAGGACUGGGAAGUGUAUUAAAAUGAAAUGGAAAGCCCCUAAAGACAACGGAGGCAAGAAAGUGACCCACUUCAUUAUUGAACGCAGGAUGGCUGGGAAGAAAUCCUGGAUCAAAAUUGGGGAAGUCGACAGCAAACUGACCACAUUUGCCGCAGAUAAAGUAGAAGAAGGGAAAGCCUACCAAUUCCGGAUCCUGGCUGUGAACUCAGAGGGUGCAAGUGAGCCACUAGAGACGGAAGAAGUCUUUGCUGGGGAACCUAUUGCACCUCCAGGACAAGCCUCUCAGCCUCAGGUUACUGACGUUACCAAAGAUACGGUUACCAUUACCUGGAAUCCUCCACCGAAAGAUGGAGGUGCCCCAAUUCUAGGAUACAUUGUGGAGAGGAGGAAGAAAGGCAGCAACCUCUGGGUCCCAGUGUCUAAAGAACUAAUUCAAGAUACAAAAUGCAAAGUGGAUGGCUUACUGGAAGAUACAGAAUACGAGUUCCGUGUCAUACCUGUGAACCGUGCAGGACCUGGACAGCCAAGCAGUGCUUCCAACUCAGUUGUCACAAGAGAUCCCAUCAAGCCUCCUGGACUGGUGAAGGAUUUGCAUGUAAUUGAUUCUUCCAACUCAAGCAUUUCCUUAGCAUGGCAGCAGCCAGAUGAAGGUGAUCCUCCUUCAGGAUACAUUCUGGAGAUGCGAGCUGCAGACACCAAGGAAUGGUCCAAGUGCAGCAAGAUCCCAAUAUCUGGUAACAGCUACACCGUGGGAGGACUUCAGGAGAAGCAGAAAUAUUUCUUCCGGAUUCGUGCAGUGAAUGAAGCUGGAGUGGGAGAGCCCAUUGAAUUGAAGGAAGGGGUUUUCGCCAUGCCCCCUCCAGCUGCUCCAAAGUUUGAUCUGAGCGCCAGACUGAAGAAUCACAUGGUUGUUCGUGCUGGGACUGCCCUCCGCAUUCAUGCCUUCUUUACUGGCUCCCCUCCUCCGAAUGUGGUGUGGCAAAAGGAUGGUGUUCCUACAAGAGGCAGGGAGAGCAUCACGAAAGGCAAGAACAACUCUGAGUUUCUCAUCCACAGCACCAAGCGCCUUGACUCUGGAUGCUACCGUAUCGUGCUCACCAAUGACUAUGGACAAGCCCACUAUGACAUCCAUGUGCGAGUGACAGAUUUUCCCAGGCCACCGACUAACCUGAACCUGUAUGAGGAAGUCCCCAACACCGUCACGCUGAAAUGGGAUCACUCCCCGGAUGUGAAGGAGGAUGGGGGUGCCCAUUACGUCAUCUUGAAACGGGAUAGUAGCACUGCUACUUGGUUCACAGCAGCAGAGAAAGUGUACAGUAACAAGUACACUGUCACAGGCCUGCUUCCAGGCAGGAAGUAUUUCUUCCGGGUCAUUGCCCGCAAUGAUAUUGGUGACAGUGAUCCACUUGAUUCAAAGGAUUCCUGGCAUAUCAACAAAGACAAAGAGACCUUCCAUGCCAAUAUUAAGGAAUAUCAAAAGCGAGACUGGCGCCAGGCCCCCCACUUCAUCACCCCACUGAAGAACCAUGCAGUGUGCCGGGGCCAAGACUGUACCAUGAGCUGUGCUUUCUUGGGGAAACCCCGCCCUGUGGUUACCUUGUACAAGGGUAACGUCAACAUCACAGCCAAUUCUAAAUUCUGGUACAAUUCCAGCAGUGGUGUCUGCACGGUGAUGAUCCCCACUUGCACAGCCAAGGACAGUGGAGAGUACUCCAUAUUAAUUGAGAAUGAGCUUGGGCAGGACAAAUGCAGCUGCACAUUGACCGUGUAUGACAAAGAUGAUAAAAGCCUUCUGGAUUCAGUGACUGAAAGCCUGCAGAAGUCCAAGCACCUCUGGUGAACGGCGCACACAGAAACCCAUUCUGACUACAGCUUGGCUUUCUCAGUAGUUCAGCGGUUCCAAUUUUGCUGCGCGUGGCUUGAGCUUGGUAUCAUUAAUUUAAAUGAGACGUUGGUGCUUAGUCCCUUAACCUUGAAUCUCUCAUAGGGACAUUUGUUUUGCCUUUAGAGCACUGAAGGACAGAAGUAUGGGAAAAACAAUAUUGCUAAUAUGUAAGGCCCCUAACCAUGGAAAUAAAACAAGAGCCAAACAUAGCUUUCUGUUUACUGUUUCUCUUCCACCUAAAUCCAGUACUGGGUCAUUAAUUCAUGUCAAGGUCAAUAAAAGAGAGAUGGGGACCAAUCAUCAAUUCUUUCAUUUUAGCCCGUUUUCAUUAGCGCACACCACACAUAUGUUGAAAACUCUAGUAGGGUGACUGGGUGAGAGAUUCUGGGAGCUGUAGGCUAAAAAAAAGUAACUCUUACAAGCUCUGCCACUUAGUGUCCAGGUAUCUCAUUAUAGGUUUUAUUGGGCACCCAAAAACCAUUUGAUGUGAACAAAUAAAGGAACAGAAGUCUCCUUCAACAAAAUAAAGUUGCUGUCCAUGGUAGCCACAUCAAGAGGUAGCAAUACCCAGAACAAACUCUCUCCCCCCCCCUCGACAAAGACGUUUUAAAAGUUGUUCAAUUUCAUAUGACACCUACAUGCAGCCAUUCUCACCUUUGCUCUAUAAAACAUGUAUCAGCUGAGAUUGAACUAGAGAAGCCUGUUGGUCUCCAGUGUCUGCCAGGGUCACCUCUGACCAUCUCCUUAAUCCUAUUCAAUGUACACCCUUCCUUCCUUUUAGCUACCCCAUAUGAAACUUUUAGGUCAGAAACUAAUAUUAUAAGUCAUCUUUGGCUGCGAGAGGGAAAUUCCUAACCCAUAUGAGCACCUGAAUCUCACAGCACAAGCUUCUCUCACCUCCAGGUCUAUGCAGAUGAGUUUGGUUUGUUCGGUGAUUCAUC